AUGCGGCGGAAAAUCCAGUCGCUCAUCGUUGGCUACGGCGUUCCGGCCAUCUGGUUCACCAUCAACCCAAACGACAUUACGAACCCGGUGAAGCUGCGACUGGCGGCAUAUCGGACACGCGAUCCCGGCGCGGCCGAGGAGUUCCUAGAAGGCCUUGGGAGUGCGUACAAGCGGACAAGGCUGGCCAUGUCCGAUCCGAUGAGCGCCGCCGUAUUCUUCCACCGGGAGAUGAAGCUGUUCUUCGAUCAUUACGUGAAGGUCGGAGAAGAGUCGGUAUUCGGGCGCAUCGGCAAGUACUAUGGCGCUGUGGAGACCAACGAACGAGGGCGCUUCAUGUUCACGGCUUGCUCUGGUUGCACGGAAACGCGCAUCUCAGCUCGAUGCUUGCCGACAUCCACGGGGAGGAUCAGGCGGCGUAUCGCGAGCGAAUCAUACGAUACGUCGAUAGUGUCUUCUCCGAGGAUCUGGAUCAGGAAGGGUUCUGCGCCGUGCAAGCGGAGCGAUCUGUGA